GACGCGUGCAGCUCGUUUGCAAAAUCGAUUACUCAUGCUCGCGCUACAAAUGUACCGUGAAAACGGCGUUGUAAUUUCAAUCACGCGAAAAGGCGAUUCGAUCGAUAGGUAUAGUUAAUACGGCCCGGAUAGUAUACAUGACUUGCCGAAGUAUCGCUAUGUUUGCGCGAAGCGAGAAUACAUCUUGGCGGAAUCGGCGCGUUAUCGAGCAACGUCGACGUUCUCCAAAAAAAGUGUCGUUGACAAACAAACGCGGAGGGCCACGCGAUAAAGAAUCGCGUUUCUGUGGAUUCUCGGUAAUUUGCGCCGCAAGUCCGUCCGCGAUAACGCGACGCACGCCUCGUCCCAGAGAAGAUGCGUCCGCAGCAUGGCGAGACUCUCAGGCGCCUGCGUGGCCGGGUGACGUCAUUGGCGAACCGGGCAGCUCGUCGUCCACCAGACACUCAGUCUCGCCUCGACACUCGAGGAGAUUGUACGUGUUGUUCCUCGAACUGCUCCAAUCAGCCAUCGCGGAAGCUGACGCUCGCGCGAUCAACGUUGAAAAUCGAUUCUUAUCAAGAUUCUCAUCAGCGGGCAGAUCUGAGAGGCACGAGAAGAGUUGAAGCUGCCGGUCGUUCACCUGCAUUAUAUACGCGACUCCGGUAAGUGAGACUUACGCAAGACUUUGGUGCAAGACAGAUUAGACGUUGAGCAGAAAAAAAAAGAAACAGUGCACGGAACACCGCGCGAGAGAAGAAAGUUCUCCGGCGAGGGAAAUCAUUUUCCUCGUUGGCCGAUUCGGGAAAGUUGGCCGCGACGUUCGACUGGGUCGCUAAUCCACAGUAGGCCGCGUAUAUCGUGAACGCGACUCGGCCAGGAGUCGGCGAUAAACACGUGCGGACCCGAGCGCGAACGGCCCGCGGACGAUCCACCCCGUGCGUUUACGUACGCGAGGGAUGCGCACCCAGUGAAGUAGGAUCCGCGCAUCGAGUGAAAUAGGACGCGUGCGAAGUAGGAACCUUCAGAUUUCGCCCGGGUCAAUCCGCGGGGCCCAUGUGACCGGUGCGUACAUUGUCGCACGAUUGAUUGGGCUUUACUAUGAACUCUGCUGCGAUUACUAUGAGAGGAUGAGCUGCUCGGUGAAGAUCUCUUGCGGCAAGAGCUGGAGCGGCUCGCAGCGCAGGAUCAACUCUCUCGCGGAGGAAACGAGUGCGUGUCCUUCGAAUGCCGCGGCCGUGUCUUCCAACUGCGCCGGCCUGCAGCAGGCCAACCAGCCAUCCGCGGGCGCGACAUCGACGUCGAGCUCGACGACCACGACGAAUACCGUCACCACCGCCGCCACCACCACCACCACCACCACCACCGUCAGCGUGGCCUUCAACAGCCCUGUGAUCACCACAAUCAGCGGCACCGCCGUCAUCGCCACCGGCGUCAACGUCGUCACGGCCGCUGGCGGUAAUCAAAGGGUCAUCCCACCACGCCCCGUCAAGUCGAUCGCCGCGAAGAAAGGGGAGGACACCACGAAGCUGCUGAAGUAUAUCGACGAUAACGUCAUUGGCAAGAAUGGCACGUUCUUCGGGCCAUUUGGCCGCAGGAAAGUGGUUUAUUGUGAUUAUACCGCCUCGGGAAGGUCACUACAGUUUCUCGAAGAUUACAUCGCGAAAGAGGUACUGCCAUGUUUGGGCGACACUCGGGCAUCCACGUCCAUCUGCAGUCUACAAUCUUCUCUCUUUAGGCACGAAGCCAGAGACAUCGUCAGACACGCGGUUGGAGCCGGCGAGCAGGAUGCGGUCCUGUUCACGGGUCAAGGCACCGCCGCUGCCCUUCGCACACUUUUACGACAUCUCGAUCUCUCGAAAUCCACCGUGGUCUUCGUGGGUCCGUUCGAGCAUCACGCCAACCUGAGGCCUUGGCGCGAGCUCGAUGUCAAGAUAAUACGGGUUUCCGAGACCCGCGAGGGCUUCUUAGAUCUGAACGAUCUCGAGCGUGGGCUCGCGCGAAUGCGGAGCGAGGGCGUUGCGCAAAUGAUUGGAUGCUUCAGCGCGGCCAGUUGCAUAACAGGGGUUUUGGCAGAUGACGUCGCGACGACCCUUCUGCUGCACCAAUACGGCGCGCUCAGCGUGUGGGAUUACACCACCGCAGCGCCGUGCAUUCAGAUCGACAUGAAUCCGCAUCUGCCCGGAGUCGGCGAGACCGCGGUGCACAAGGACGCCAUCAUCUUCGCGGGCCACAAAUUCAUCGGCGGCGUGCAGUCGCCCGGUGUGCUCGUGACGAAGCGAUGGCUCCUGCGGGAGGACGUGGAGGUGGAGGACAUGAGGGACUCCCACCGUUAUCAUCGCGAUCCCGAAUUGCGGGAGGAGAGCGGCACCGCCGGCGUCGUCGAGAGCAUCAGAUGCGGACUGGCGGUGCAGCUGAAGGAGAACGUCACGCCGAGAGCGAUCGUCGCACGGCAGGAUAAGAUAUCCAGGCAAGUUUUAGCCCAUGUGCGCACAAUUCCGGAAUUGAUCCUGCUCGGCAGUUCGUCGCAGAACGUGAAGCGACUGCCCAUCUUCUCGUUUAUGGUGCGCCAUCCCCGCGGCACGUUUCUACACCAUAACUUUGUUUGCGCCGUUCUGAACGAUGUCCUCGGCAUUCAGGCGCGAGGAGGAUGCGCCUGCACGGGUCGUUACGCUCAUGACCUGAUGGGAAUCGACCGGGAACUCGCCAAGGAGUAUGAAAGCAUUCUCCUGGAAGGACAGCGCAAUGGUACCGAGGAGACCACCGCGGAGGGCCUGAGGCCGGGCUUUGCCAGGCUGGCCUUUCCCUACUUCAUGAGCGAGGCGGAAGUUGCCUUCGUGCUGGAGGCGCUCAAGAUGGUCGCAACCGAGGGCUGGAAGCUGCUGCCGCAGUACGUGCUGAAUGCCGACACCGGCGAAUGGCGACAUCACACCAACAGCGUCUUCAAGGAGCGCAAGUGGCUGGGCUCGAUCAGGUACACGGACGGCAGAAUGAACGCCACGGAGAGACGCGUUUCUGGCUCCGGCAUCUUUCCGCAGACCUACGGCGAUUGCCUGCAGACUGCGCGGAACAUCUUCAAUCGCGCGCGCAAAAUGGCGCAGCGGUAUCCGCUGCAGAUCGACAAGAGCUUCAACUUCGCGUGCGAGCGCAUGGAGGCACGGCGCUGGUUCAUGCUGCCGAGCGAGGCGCAAGACCUCCUCCUAGGCAAUUCGCAGAACGUGAAGCAGGACGUGCCGUUCAAUCCGCUGCUGGCUUGGAACAGGUUUAGCCACGUGAAUUCCACUUGUCACGACAGUCUGGUGAACUGCCUGGCGCAGACCACCAGCGGUAUGAGACGACUGAACAGCGACAUUCCGCGUACGGGCAACCCGCCGAUCUCGAUGGCCUCGCCGAGGCAUCGAAGCUUGCCGGCGCUGAGCACGGUCAGGCGAACUAUCAUCACGGCUGAAUUGAGCCAGCUGUCGUCGUCGAGCAACAGCGAGGAGGAGAGCCCGAGUCAGAACGAGCAAAGCGUUUUCUCCGGGAAUCACCGAUCGCCCGCCACGUGUCCCAAUUCGCCGAUGCCGGUGAGAUUCGCGGUGGGCGAGGCCGUGACCACCUCGGUUCUGAGAUCGAUAUCCCGUGUAGCCGCCCGACCGACGAAGGAGCAGAGAGAAUUGAUGGACGCGGCGAAUGCGGGACGCGCGAGGUGCAAUUCUCUCGGCAGCACCACCGACGGGUGCAACGUUCCCGGAAAUCGCGUCGGCGCUACGUCGGCGUCCUCGCCGAUACCGCCGCUUCCGCUAAGCCCGCAGACACUGACUAGCUUGGGACUCAGCACGUCGAAUGCGCCAUCGAGACAGAGACGUCUCCACUGCAGCUGCAGUAGUCAGACGGAAUUGAACUCUCUGGAAUUGGAUUCCGCCGCCAGCCCGAGUCACUCGAUCAUCUCGUUGAGCUACAAUCACAAUCCGGCGUCGCCGCCGUCUUCGUAUUCGUCGACCAGCGACUACACCGAGCGGCUCGUAGGUGGCGGAAGAUCCUCACCCAUCUCGACGAGCGUGAGCCAGAGAUCCGAGGACGAUCUGAGCGCGUAUGUAAAGGAGGUGACGAAGGAGCUAGCGACGGAAAUAAAAUCCGAAAUACGAGAGGUGAUUUCUAAAGUGGACGACGCCUUGUCGGAAAGCAACACGUCCGAGAACACGCCGCAGCAUCAUUCCCGAGUUCAGAGCAUGGUGAAUCAAACAUUCAUGGAGGACAAGCAGUCGAGGCACGACUCGUUCACAGCCAGCGAUAUCGCCGAGUACUUAAUGGAAUUCUCGAAGGAAAUGGCGAGCGAAGUCAAAUCCGAGAUAAGAUGCAUGGUGAAUGCCGUUGACGGCCUUCAUAGGUACUCGCCAGACGCCUCCACUUCAGAUGUAUCUUCAAACGGAUGCGGCUCACCCGAUCGAGGGAGAAUCAUAUUGCCCUCGUCGGCGUCUCCGCGUCUGUCGACUUCGAGAAAAAGUGGCCCGAUCGAGAUAACCAGCAAAGUCGGCGAGCUGUCGCAGCAGGAAAGCAAGAUGUCCAGCGAGUGCUCGUCGGACGAGACGGUUAUCUACGUGAUGAAGCCAUCCGAGAACGAGCAGAUGGUGCGCAGUCGCUCGAAAACCGAGGACGAAGAAGUCGAGAACGAUGUGGACGAUUACGUGGACGACGAUUCGCAGGAAGGACGUGGCGGCCUCGAUAUCGGCGACUCCCGUAAAGUUCUGCCCAAGAUCUACUCGGCCGUGAACUCGGUCAGUUCUCAGGACAGCGGCAUAAAUCUGUCGUUCCACGAGAGUGACAAAUCGAUAGAUUCGCUGGACUUGAAACGAAGCAGCAGCGCCGAGUCAAAUUCUGCCAACAGUCACGGACGAAAAUCCAGGACGGCGUCAAUGGCCAGUUUAUCGACGAAGAACGGCGGCAAGCAGCAAACGCGUCAGAAUGACAAUCUCUCAGAGGAUGAGGAGUGCACGAGCGAUUUGAGGGAGGAAGAGGAUGACGGUCAGGAAAUCAAAUCCGAGGACAACGAGUCCAGACUCGAGUUCCCGCGGACUCAGUGGCACUGUCCGCCGAAAAAUAUUUGGAAACCUUCCGUGGAAGCCAUGCAGGAAUUUGACAUGAUUCGGGACAGCGACAGAGUGCUGGUUUGUUUGUCGGCGACUGGCAAGGACUCGCUCUCUCUUCUGCACACUCUUCAUCAGUACAGAUUUUACGCCCGAUCGAAGGGGAUCGACUUCGAGAUCGGCGCGGCCACCAUUGACGCGGGUGGUUCCGAUCCCAUGGAACUGAUGAGUUAUCUAAAGGCCCUGGACGUCCCGUACUUUUACGAGGAACAGGUGACAGAUCCAAGUGGUGCCAAUGCCGACAAUCCGUUGGACGCCAGCGUCGCCAGCGGCACCUGCAGUUUCUGCGACAAAUCGGUCAGGACGCAAUUGUACUCUUUGGCGAAGCGGAAGAGAUACAACGUGCUGGCGCUAGGUCAACAUUUGGACGACCUCACGGAGAGUUUUCUCAUCUCGGUGUUCCACGGCGGUAUGCUGAAAACCAUGAAGGCGCACUAUUACAUACGCCGAGAGGAUCUCAGAGUCGUCAGACCAUUCAUCUACGUUCGUGAGAAGGCACUCAGGCAGUUCACUGAGAGCAAGAAGCUCGCAGUCUCGCGAGAACAAACACCGCAUUUAUCAGAGAAACAAAACAAGAGGAAGGAAUUGAUGCUGCAACAGGAGCGCGCGUAUCCGCGGCUGCACUGGUCCGUGCGCACAGCUUUGCGGCCCCUGAUAACAGCCCACGGACAGAUCACCGCCUUCGACUUAGCCUGCACCGGAAAUGGCGGUGGUAACAUUGUCAACAGUCCGAGCAGCAGCACUAUCAGUAGCAUAAGCAGCACCUGCAGCAGCAACAGCGGCAGCAGCAGCAGCAACGGCAGCAAUCAGCAGAAACGACAUCGAAGAAGCAAGACGAAUUCUUUGGCGACCACCCCUUCGUCGCAGCAAGCCGACGAGAACGACGAGACCGACGAGGAGCCUGUGCUCUGAGGAGGGCCUAUCGCGAGAUGGGAUUCCGAUCGUACCGCGGUCUCAUCCUCGCGUGCCCGUUGCAGGCUGGCGACGUUCGCCCUUAGAAGAAGACGAAUGUUCUUCGCGGCCCGUGCCGUCAGAGCCAACGAUCAAAGAUGCGCCGAUCACAGCAAUUGAGCAGUGAUUUGAUCGCGAAAGGAUAUCUUCGUCGUCGAACGACACGCCGUUGCGUUCGCGAAGAAAAUUUCUCGCGUUUCUGGACGAUAUUCGAGUGAUCGUUGCGCGACUCUCACGAGAUACCACGCCGCGUCUUGCAGCUCGCCGGAAUAUGUAAAGUUUCUCUGGUAAAAGAAGUGGAAAUCAUCUAUUCCUCGAAAUUCUCAGUUAAAGAAGAAGAAAUAUUGAUGUGAAUUAGACGCAGUGAAUAAUCGUCAACUACUCGAAAAAAGAAAAAAAACAAAAAAAAAAGACUACCAAUCGAGUUAAUGAUGAUCUCAGAUACGAGAAGUCUCGCCUUUCUGUAAUUCGGAGGCGUUGUCGGAGGAAGAGCGCAGUCGGCUACUUAUUUAAGCGGUGGUAAUGUAGGGACAAUAUAAGCGUAAGUUCUUUUGUGUUUACGACGAAGUAAGAAAAAACGCUUGCUUGUGGAUAGUUAAGCGUAUCGGCAGCUGAUCGCGCGACUGGCUGCUUUACGCGAGGACACGACACGAUGAUGAUCGAUCGACGAAUCGACAAGAAGAAGUAGUAAACGGCGCGUCGCGCAGUAAAAUUGUCACGUCGAUCGCGUGUCAUCACAUCGUUCGCAAACGGAACGUCGCCGCGCGUACACGAUUGAGGGACGCGAUACGCUUGAGAGGCGCGAUAAGCGGUAGGCUGCUUAAUACUGAAACAGAUAUUAUGUGUUACGUAUCUCCUGGAGAAGUGGCCAUGCAGCGAAAGAACACACCGGGGACAAUUUCGUGAGGAGGUCAAAACCUUGACCGCUCCCGGCGUAAUAAAAGAUGGAGUCGCGAAACCAAGUAUACCUUUUUUACACAUAUACACGUUUUUUAUUUGAUAUAUCGCCUUUGGCAUCUAAGCGUUUAAGACCAUUUAGUCGCGAUCGAAACGUGGGAAGUUUCGUAAAUGGGUAAAUCUCGAUUAAGUCCUUUUCUAACGGUAUUUUUGACUUUCUCGAAGAUACGACUUGACAGCGGGCCCAUUUUUUUGCGGUCAGAAAAAAUGCGCCCUUUAGACGGUCUAUCGGAAGGAUAUUGAUUUGCGUCAUUUCGAUUUAUAAAAGUGAUGGCGCGACCUUGUUAACGUCAUUCGUUGCAUCGUUUAGUCCCACUUUUGGAAAGCCCGAUCGAGAACAUUUCGUUUCGAAGACGCGAGAGGACCACAUCGAGAGGUAAAGGUUUUGACGAAUUUCCGCCUGCAUGAACUUCGAACUUUGAAAGAGAGAGGCAUAAUUCACGCACGCACGCGAUAUGCGUAAGAAACUAACGCGUAUGCUUUUCGCGGAUAAAGCGUAUCAAGACGUUGGAGAGUGUUUGAAUAUUUCCAAAUGAUAUACACAAAAUCUGAUUGAGACGUCUGAAUAAUAAUAAUGUAAAGUACGUCUGAAAAACUGUAAUGUCUUGUUUUCCGCGUUGGUACGAUAAAUACGAGAGGCUUGUAAUGAAAUAUUAAUUUAAGGAUUUGUUAGAUGGGACAAGUUCUUUGUAUCUAUCGGACAGAUAUUUAGCGAUCUCCGAUGUUUCAAGUUAUAAAACGAAGGCUCUCUCUCUCGACUAGCAUCACCGAUAACGCGAUGAUACAAUAAUAAAAUUGCGCUUUCUUUUCACCGCGUAACUUCACUUAUUCGCGAUGCAGCUGCGGUUCCACGCUGCUUACGAUCGAUAAGUUCAAGUUUCGAUAUAAAAAAAAAAAGUAAUGACGGUGGACGAUGAAUGAAUUUGCUGAGAUAAGACUCCGGUCGCACCGGAAGCGUGUAAUAAUGUGAUAAAGUGUUGAUAAAAAAUAAUUAGAUAGAGUAAAGUGCUGAAUCUUUGAUACGAAAGUGUGAAGUUCAAUUUUGCCGCGUCGAAGAUCUAUCAAAUUACUCUAAUGCUUCGAUUAAUGAUAAGCGGGACUAGAGCCUGGUUGCGACGAUAGUCCGAUCAAUUAAUUCCGGAUUGACGAUCCGUAAUUCUGUUGUAGAUUAUAGAUAGAGCCUAUCAGAUAAAGCGAUGAAAUCACACUAAUCCGGGCUAUCGAUAAUUGACAUCGACGCAACACAGCUUUCGUCACGCAAUGAAAACACGUGAUGUUGUACAGAAAGGAUUCCUGUAAGGAUUAUUUCGUCAGAUGCGGGUUAGGAUUGACGUGAUAAUAAGGGAGGAGGGGGGGGGGGAUAAAUAAUGUUACAUGGUGGAAAGAAAGUGCGCACAAUUGGACCACGUAACGCCAGUCGAGAAGAUCGGCCGGAUGAUGUAAGGGAGUGUAAGAGGAUGAUCCGAAGAAAACCGAUGUCAAGAUUUGCAAGAGGACAUCCGAUAAAAAAAAAAAAAAGUCCGUAAGCCGAUAGGCACCGAUCGCUAUGUCGAUUUAUGAUACCUUUGUAGCAGCAGUGGUCUUGUGUUGUUCACUUUUUCUCUCAUGUUCGGCUGUUGUACGCUCGCUAAUCGUUUAGGACUAUAAGUAACGUUUAAGACUUGUACGUAGAUCGCAUGUGAAACAAAAAAGGAAAAAAAAAGAAUUAAGAAAACGUACACAAUCGUAGACGAUGAUUGUAUAAAAUAAUAAUAUGUACGUACCGUUUGUGUCGUACUGAAUUUUUUAAAGUGUUCGUUCGUUCAUUCGUUCGUUCGUUCAUUCAUUCGUUCGUUCGUUUGUUCGUUCGUUCGUUCGUUCAUCGUUGAAUCGAGAAUGUGAGAGGCGGAAUUAACAACCAAAUGCGAUAAGCGAGGGGGGAAGUCUUGACUCUACACAAAUCUUUGCGAAUAGAUAUUCUCAUAUUUUCCGAGAGUUACGAAAGGGACAUUGUUACUGUAAAGAUAUGUAAGUUUAUUUAUCGCUAAUAAAAAUGAACGUUUAAGAAAAAA